UAAUGCAAUAUAGUUGUACGGAGUUGCUCGACGAAACCAACGGCUCUCGCUUAUUCCAGUUGACCGGAUCGUGAGCAAUGCCGACUGCGACGCCGAGACGACCAGCUUCGGCUACAGCGGUGUCUUCGAAAAAGUUGGCGGAUAGAAAGGUGGAGAGUAUGGUCCAAGCUGCACACGAGCACCUAGUUGAUCGAUCCAGUAUUCCAGUAGUCACGGAACGGAGACUCAGAGAUAACCAGAAAGAUACUAAUUUAAAUCCCAACGAAGUGGCAAAGUUGGCAGACCACAUGGACAGCUUUCCGCUUGUGCCGUUGCCGGUCAUUCCGCAGCUCGGGAUGGGAGACCUCGAGAAGGUUGAGCACGGUCUCAACGAGCUGCUCGAGUCCUUGAACUCGCAUGAAAGUGACCAACACCUCGGUAGAUAUGCAAGUCGACAGCUGGCACUGGUACAGCGGCAUUUGACACAACAGCGAGCCCAGGAACGGGUCUUCCAGAUGCUGCGAGGCGAUCUGUCUGUAACUCUAACGCCGAUCACAUCGAACACGCUGAAAAGGAGUUCGUCAGCGGACACAGUGAAAAUGACGCCUCGAUCAGCCUUAAUAUCUAACCAGACCGGUGACCAAAAGGCCAAUGAGGCAGCGAGUUUGCAUUGGAAGAGUAAGAAAGCGGCAAUUGAGAUGGCUCGAGCUAUGGUGCAAGCCAACGCAACGAAGCAAAAUACAUCCGUUUCUACAGGUUUUAUGAUAUCGGCUGGAGAUACUGCGUCGAGAAAGCGAAGACGACCGCGUAUAGUGAAGAGGACUCCAGAGGAAGAAGCGAGGUUUAAGGUGCAACAACUAGAACGCGAGCGAGAGAACCGGCGACAAGCUGCGUAUCAACGAUUACAGGCGAGACGAGCACUGCAAGCUCAGAAGAAACAGGAGCACAAAAAGCAGAAGAAAGAAGUUAAAGACAACGCUGCGAAUGAAAAACAGGAUACGGACAGCGAUAGUGACGAUGACAGUGAAGCGAGCGACGUCAGCAAUUGUUCCGAGAGUGACGAGGCCAACGAAAAGGCCAUCCUUGCGCUAGAGGUACAGAUCCAACCUCCUCUGGAUGAAGUAGAGGACAGUCCCCGAACGGAUAGAAGCGAUAGUGAUGGUGGUGAUGCAAGUAAAGACGUCGCGGUAAACGGUGGUUACUCUUGUAAAGAUGGACAAUUAGAGUUACCAGAAUGUCGUACAAGUCGAAGUGUCAGUUCUGAUCAAGCACCGGAGAUUUUUACGACAGAGAUGCAUUUAAAGGAUACCACAACUUCGAUUGAUGCUGAGCAGAAGGAAGCAGUUUUCACGGAUGAAUCGGAUGUGACUUUACUGGAGACUGAGAAAGCUGAAUCGAUAAAUGAAAACCAGUCACAGCAUGAUCUAGAACAAGCGAUAGCUUUUGACCUGCAGAGUUUUAUGGCUUCGCGUGCUGCAGCGAAGUUGGAACAGUUGCAGGCAGAGAAAGAAGCACGCGAAAGAGUUGUCACAGCGCUAGAUUCUAUUCCAUCUUCAGACGCAGUCAAGAAAGUUGCAAGCAUAUUCGUGAACGUAGAGCGCUCGAUUGUGUCUUUAUCUCGGCCAGAAGCUGGAGACUAUGGAGGUGCAGACAAGAAUUUUGACAAUUCACCUGAUAGUAUUCCUAUUAAAAUCCUCGAGCCGUGUACUGAUAAAACAAAUGAGACCACAAUGACAGAGUCUACCACGGAGACUCUGACAGAUCAGAAGCAGUGUUCGUGGAUAGAAGAAGUCCGACAGAGCGCUGAAAUCAUCAGAGCCAGCUCUCCAGUCGAGAAAACCCUUCCACUACCUCGUGUUCCAGUAGCCGAGUGCAAAGACUACCGCUUCUACUUCCGCAAUUUCCACUGCAUUCUGACUUCAGUUUUCGAACAGUGUCGCGACAAUUCGUCAACGUCAUCCACCUCUUCAUUGUACCACCGUCCAGUUGGCGCUACUGGCGAACACACGAUGCGGUUGCAGCAGAAAUUGUACGAAAGUUGGCUGAGCAUCAUGCAGGACUACGCUACAGUCUUUGGUCCUAAAAUUCUGGUACCAGAAGGGAUGGUACCUGUGGCAGCAGCUAAACCGUGGGCUCCACACUAUCGAAUCAACUCAACUGCACGUAAAGAGGUUGCUGAGAUAGUGACACAAGCUUUACAGCUCUUAGGUGGGGGGUGGGAGGAUCACCCAGCAGGUCUUGGACUUAAAACUACUUGGAAUUUACUAUGGACGUGGAGUAAGCCACGAGUGGAGCGUCAGACGCUGUUAGUGUGGCAAAAAGUGAAUCAUUUCCAACAUGCCAAGGCUUUAACGCGCAAAGAUUGUUUGAAAAAACAUAUCGGAAAAUAUUUAGCUGCAGGUGGAAAACUACGACAAGCAUUUGAUAUUAUCCCACCAACUUUUUUAUUACCGAAAGAAUACGUAAGUUUCGUCCAAGCAUUUCAAGAACGUGGUGAGCGAUUAAAACGCAGUGGGUUAUCCGAAGCGAAGAAUAUCUGGAUCAUGAAGCCGGUGGCGCUGUCUCGUGGUCGUGGCAUCUCGUUAGUGAACGAUCUAAGCCACGUGAUAUACGGGGAACAAGUGGUGAUCCAGGAGUACAUUGCGGCUCCAAAGUUACUGGAUGGCUACAAGUUCGAUCUGCGUUUGUACGUCCUAGUGACGUCGUUCAACCCGCUUGAAGCAUUUCUGUAUGAGGAAGGGUUUGUUCGUCUGUGUACUCGACCGUAUGAGGAUAGUGACAUCAGCAACAUCUUCGUUCACUUAACUAACAGUAGCAUUCAAAAGAGCAACGAAGAAGCGAUCACUGGUAGUACAAAUCCCAUCGCUAGUAUGAAAGGAGAGAACGAAGCAUCUCAGAAAGAUGCUGGGGGUACGAAGACAACACUAGCGUUUCUUUGGAGAAGACUCGCAGCCGAAGGAGUGGACGUGGAACAGGUGAAACGCAGCAUCGAAGAAGUAGUGCUCAAGGCGCUUCUCUGCGGUGAGGACCACAUCCCGUUCCAAGUCAACAGCUUCGACCUUUUAGGGUACGAUAUCCUCUUGGACGCUGACUUGCGGCCAUGGCUUAUUGAGAUCAACUCGUCUCCAUCCAUGGCACGGGACAAUGACUUGGACUAUCAAGUUAAAGAUGCUAUGAUGCUGGAUACGAUUCGUGUGGUGGACCCUCUCCACUUUGAUCGAGUUAAAUUGGCAGAGGUUAUUGCACGCCGACAGCGCGAUCAAGAGGACGAGAAGAGACGACCACACGCACAUACACGCCAUCCUCGAGAGGCUGAGGAGAUGGCAGCUAGACAGUUGAAUGAAGACCUCACUGCCAUCUUGCGAGGGAAAAUCCCACGGGCGUACGGAGAAAUACCCGAAAAUAUUGGUAAUUACCGAAGACUCUGUCCACACACAACCAUCUACAAUCAACUCGUGAAGCUCAAGCGGAGCUGCUUGCGAGGUGGGGAGCGUAAAGGGUGA